GAAUUGAAGGUGUAGAAGUAGUUUGAUUCUUUUUCCAUUCUUUUAUGUCAUUUGUCCCAGAUGUAGUUGAACCAACAUUGAUUUACAAGUAAAUUGGCUAUUGACAGUGAUGGGAAAAAUCUAGUUUGCAACAGUUUUGUCUUUCAGAGAGACAAGUAAGAGUAUUCCUACCUUGUUCUGGCAUUUCCUAUUUGCUUUAUUAUGUUUUGAUGUUAAAUUUUUGCUGUAAUGUGUUUUUAGCACCAUAAGUGGAUAUAGGCCUCUUUGGAAUAUGAUUCAUUUGUUUUGAUUUCAGAUGGAAAAAAUGGUGAGGAACCAGCCAAUGCUGGGGGCUAUAAGGCUGUGCCCUUUUCUUAUGGAGACCCUGGUGAAUCAAAAGAGAAAAAGGAUACCGAUGCUGAUUCUGUUUUUGCAUCCAUCCUUUCUGCUGCCUGAAAGUUUGCUUCAAAACCUAAUGCUCGGAGCAGAGGUGGAUUUCUUGUUUCCUUUUGAUAUGAUGACAAGGGGCCAUCCAGGUGGGAUAGGAUGAUAUAAAUUCAUUACCUUUCACAAAUCUUAAUGACUGAUAGUUAAUGGGAUGAUGUAUGUCUUCUUAGAUUCCAUUUUUUGAUCUUUGUGGUUUUCUGACUAUAUGUAAGAUUCUGUGUUUUCUUUUUAUUUUCAUUUAUUGGAUUAUUCUUAAGAUUUUUUAUUGAUCCAGUUGUUAAGUCCACAUUGUUGACGAAGAGACUUUUCUUUCAUUUGUUUCUUCAGCCUCCCACCGAAAAGGUACAUCAGAUCAUUGCAAGAACAGCUACAUUUGUGAGCAAACAUGGUGGGCAGUCAGAAAUCAUUUUGAGGGUCAAACAGGGAGACAACCUAACAUUUGGAUUCUUGAUGCCUGAUCAUCCCCUUCAUCCAUACUAUAGGUUUCUUGUUGAUCACCAGGAGCUUUUGAGUGGCAAAUCUCAGGAAGAAGGGAUCAAAUUUGAGACAAGUAGUGUUGGAGGAGGUGGAGCAUUGUCUUUGCUAGGUACAACGUAUGGAUUUGGGGAGGAUGAGGAAGGUGCAGGAGUGAAUUCCCCAGAACAUGAAAGAAACACAUCCGUCGAAGCUGGUUCUGUUAAUAAAACACUACAAAGUGAGGCAGAACAGAAAGAACCAUCUUUAAUUCUUGAUGGGAAAGAUCAGGCUGUUCCCAAAUAUUCACCUCCUCUGAAAGGCAAGGCUUCUGUAUUGAAAAGAAACCCAUCAAUGUGGACAAGUGAGAUGAGGAAAGAAAAUGAUGGCAAUACCGCAGACAAAUCAAGGGCUUCUGCUUUGCCAGUCACAUCAGAGGUUGAGUUACCUGUUGUCGAGCCUCCCUCUGAUUUAAAGAGAGUGGUUGAUAAGAUUGUUCAUUUCAUCAUGAAAAAUGGGAAAGAGUUUGAGUCAGUUCUGGCUGAACAAGAUGUUAGGCAUGGGAGGUCUCCUUUCCUGAUGCCAGCUAAUCAGUAUCAUCCUUAUUAUCGAAAAGUUCUACAAAAAGCUGAAGAGUCAAAGUUAUCUGGCCAGGGCAUCAUUUCUGAGAGGCAUGAUCCAUCCAGCCUUGGAGCAGAGAAGGCUAGCAGAGAAAGUGAUGCUGUGUCUGUUGGAUCUGACAUACCUUAUGAUUCUGACAGGAAAGAGAAGUUCAAGAUGGUACUUGGAAAGUCGAAGAAGGAUGGACAAUAUCCUUCUCCCAAAGUUGCCAAGCCAGAGAUUGGAGUCACUGUUGAUGUGGCUGCAGCUGCUGCUAUUCUUCAGGCUGCAAGAAGAGGCGUUAAGAAUCCCCAUGUAGAAGUUCUCUUGAAGACAUCAUUAAAUGGUAGCAGCCAGGCCCCUAGUAGUGAAGGUGGGUCAGCUUGGAGGUCUGGAAGCCAACUUUUGUCUCAGCCUUUCAAAAAGGGAGGAGACUUAAAUGUUUCCACCCCAAUUGCCAAUGCUAUUGCAAAGACAGCAGCUGUUGCAGCUGCAAGUGAGGUUGAUUCCUCUGAAGCAUCCUUGAGUAAAGAACAGAAGCUGAAGGCUGAGAGAUUGAAACGGGCAAAAAUGUUUGCAGCCAUGAUAAAAAGUGGGGCUGCACCACUGAAAACUGAUCCAUCAUGCGGCUUCUCUGUAGAGCCACCGGAGUCAGGGCUUUGUGGAUCAGGUAAUGAUGGCAUAAAUCUUUCGGGAAAAGAAAGAGAAGGCAGUUCAGUGCUACUUGACGUCAUUACAUCUGAUAGAACUGAGAAGUAUGAUAAGAAAUAUUCUGGUGAUGAGCAUAGUGAACGAAGACCAAUGAAGAGCUACUAUUCAAGAUCAGAAAAACUUGAAGAUGAUGAAGAAGACGUGCAGGAAGAAGAAAAAGAUGAGAAAGGAAGGGAUUGUAUGAACUCCAGAAGAGAGAGGCGAUCUCAUCACCUUUUGGACCACGGCAGGAAUGGGUAUAAGCAAAGUAAAAGGCAUUCCUCUUCUAAGGACAGAGAUUCUCGACGCAGGUAUAAGCACAACGGUAGCUCUGAUGAGGAACACAUGCACAAACAUAGUUCAUCUGAUAAUGAGUAUCGGCAUUCUCAUCACCAUUGCAAGCAUGAUAAAUCAUCUGACAAUGAGCAUCAGCAUUCUCAAUACCAUCACAAGCACAAUAGUUCCUCUGGUAAUGAGGGCAGGCUCAGGAUGAAGAGAUCUCACUCAGAAAGGGAAACAGAAUUGGAGGCAGGAGAGAUCUGCGCAAAACUAGAUCAAUCAAAACCUAGCGAUACUAAUGGUGAGGCGUCUGUUGAUGAUGUAUCAACAUCAUAUCCUGAUAGAAGAGCUCCAUCUCUACCAUCAGAAGGCACCACAGUUUCUGAUGAUCUAAGAGCCAAAAUCCGAGCCAUGUUGAUGGCAACCUUUUAGUUCCUGGUUAGUAUGUCUGUUUUUCAUUUUUCACCUUGUAUUUAAAGUUUCCUUAAUCUUAUUUAAUUUAUGAAAUUAAGCUAUACGUUAUUG